AUGGCAGUCUUCGUGUUGCGAAGGUUUCAGAUGGUCGGUAGAAGAACAGUAGCGAACAAAAAAAACCGUGCCACUGUUGAUGACGAUGACAAUAUGAGAGAGGGGGAUUCAGACGCAGACGCUGGAAAUGAAUCGGGAAUGGACAAAAACCACUGGGACGACGAUGGCGGUGUUUUGAUGUUUGUCGAAAGAGUGGAGAAAAAUGAAGGAGUGACUCUUCUCACUAACACAAAUGUUUAUAAUACAGGGAAAAAGGGAGACCCCAAAAUGGAUGUGUGGACGAAGCGGCGAAUAGGAAUCGACAAGCUGGUGUCUUCAGAUGAAUUCUGUCUUGCAAGACGACGACAAAUGAGUCAGCAUCAGAAACCGGCGCGGGAUGAAACCAAUUGCAAUUGCUGCAACAGUAGCUGUAGCAGAUGUUGGAAAGUUGGAAAGAGUUGGAUAGGCACCGAAGGGAAACCGUUAUGGAGACGAGAAGGGAAGACGUCGGACCGUGGAGAGAUAAUGAAGAUUGAGAAAUUAGUUUCCGACCAGCAACGAGGAAUAUUUCAAGUGAAAUAUGUAAGUUGGGGGCAAUAUGUGAAAAACGGAACAUUGUUUUCCUAUUUUUCAGGUCAGAGACACGAAGCCAAGCCCGAGAUCAAUGAAGCUGGAGAAGAGGAGGAAGAAACUUAG